AUGCAGCGAUCGCUAUCAGGAGCGUGCACAUUUGCCGCGGCGCAGCUGCACGCAUGCGCAUCGCUUCCCUCUUCGACGCUCAUGUCUUGCGCUUGCUCGUCCCUAAUGGUGCAACGACGCGGCCUCCGCAAUUUGCACCAGUACCCGCACGCACGCUACAAGAGUCUGGUAAAGGACUGCCACCGCUUUGCGCGUAACUGGUGGCUGACGGCGGGCAACAACUACGAGCUUGUUUCCGAGGUCGGCCACGAGCGCGAGGCUACGGAGAAUUUUGCGGUUUUGCGCGACGACAGCGACAACGACGCUUAUGUCAUGUCCACAAACCGCCUCGAAGACCUGCCACCGGCGGAGCGGCUCAACGUGCUGGUGGCGCUCAUGACGGAACGGUGGAAGGUGAAGGACAACAAUCGCGGAUAUGACAAAGCCAAGAUGCUGCUCAAGGCGCUCGAAUGCUUCAGCGAGAUGCGCCUCUCCGGUCAGAUAAAGGUCUUUGACGAACUGCCAGAACCAGACCAGGACACCUUCCUGCAGUACGUCGAGGGCUGCGCGCAGUUUGCCCAGGGAUGCUCGCACUCACACCCCGACGCCGUGGCGAUGGUGCUGCGUGCUGCCGAGAUAUGUGACGAGAUGCGCUGUGUGGAUAAGAGAGAAGAAAUGACGCACGUUGCGGAGGUGAUGGCGCAGCGCCUGGAUCGGGCGUGCGCCUCCGCGCGGCCUCUCGAGACAACGGCGCAGCUGAGGCCUCCGUCCAUCACAGAGAUUCACAGUGGCCUGCGAAUGAAGCAGAUGAGGGAGCUGCGAGAUCGCUUCAAGGGCAAGCCGUGGGUACUCGAGCCGACGAAGCGCCUCGAAUACUUUUACGGACCUCGCAGUCGAAAGAUUUUUCACAAACCGAUGCGGCAGGACGACAUCCAUCGCAACUUGCUCGCCAUCCCCCAUCGCCCGGAAACGCGGUCAUGGAAUCAGUAG